AUGGCUUGUCUGACACAUCUUUGUUUAUUGCUGGUGCUGGUUCCUCGAAUCACCAGUGGUCGAAACGAGAAGGUGACGACGAAGGUACCCGAAAGCGUUUCGGCUAUACCUUCGCAAAAGUGGGACUUCGACGUCACUGCGAAGAAGGCCAAUUGCAUGCACAUUGGUCUUGAUCACGUACCUGAUGAUUUACCAACCAAUACGCUUCGUCUUGACCUGUCCCUGAACGACAUCCACAGUCUUAAGAAUGCGUCUUUCAUCAGAUACACAGCUCUUCUCUUCCUAGAUCUCUCAAGGAAUGACAUCACCAGAAUUCAACAUGCAGCAUUUAAACCUCUUGAGAACCUGGUCACCCUUGAUCUAAGUGACAACCCACGUCUGUCAUCGAUCGAUUCUCUGCAAUGGCUCCAUCACCUGGAACUUCUCUUGUUGAACGGUUGCAAUUUCACAUCGAUUCCAGACGAAGUUUUCAGGAUAUCAUCCAGGUUUCUAAACCUCGAUAUUGGCCACAACAAUCUCACGUCUGUGAACAUAACAAUUUGCAGUGACCUACUACUGCCUGAUCUUAAUAUCGGCUACAACGGAUUUGAAAGAAUAACCCCUGGUACAUUUGCCAUACUGUGUCCUAUGAAUACUAUUGACAUGCAGAACCCAAUCAUGUUCAUUGAUCCUGCAGCCAUCGCGCCUUUACGUGUCCAGAACCUCAUCCUAGGGGCCUUCCCUUUGACCAAUGGGGUGUUGAUUCAGUUGUUCCAAGGUGCAGUGAUCUCUACCAUCAAGGAAAUUUCAAUCAUCGGAAGUGGCUUGGAUACAAUCAUACCAGGUUUAUUCAUUCCCCUCUCCAAUGCUCCUCUCUCCAAUCUUGACCUCUCUUUUAAUGACUUCAUUUCAUUGAACCAUUCCAUAUUUUCAGACUUAACCAACCUCCACCAGCUAAGUUUGAGUGGCAAUUUUAUCUGUGAGAUAGAGCCCGAGCACUUUGCAGGAAUGAAACAAUUGAGGAUUCUUGACCUUGGAUAUAAUAGAAUCCAAAGCAUAAACCCUAAUAAUUCCUCCUGGGACAAGUGUGGAGUAGAUGGUCAUGAAUAG